CGGGGCCCAUGGAUCAAAGAUCGGGGUGUGUCCCCCGUCGGCAGAGCUGUGUAUACACUGUACAGCCGCUGUUUCUGUCCAGAGUCCACCAGAACUAAAUUCCUUUCCUCUCCCUGCCCCAGACUAACCAGCCGCUGCCUUGAUUAUCCCCUCGGGUGGAGGGAUCAGGAGUGGGCUUCCUGUUUAUACUUCACUUUCCAAGCAUAACACAAAGCAUGGGGCAGGCUCCCAGCAGCUGUGUCCUGGGCUCUGGGAGAUGAAUGGGCUGUGGUGGGGGGUGCUGUUCUGCCCUUUCUCUUAGGGAUUGGGCUCUGCUGGAGCAGGAGACCUUGGAGAGGCUCACUGCCCCUUGCCUUCCCCUAGGUACCCCAGAAGCUGUCAGGAUUGGGGGGAGGUGGCUGGCAUAGCGGGUUCAGCCCACUAACUGCCCUAGAACCCUGCAGCCUGGUUGCCGAGCUGCCCCAGGUGGGAGUUUGACCAGUGCCACCCAUGUAACACCCACGCGCUGAGGCGGGUCAUGGCCACGUAGAACACAUCUGGCACUCUCUCUUGGCAACGCCAUGUGGCCCUUGCUGUGGAUGACUGUGCGGACCUACGCCCCUUACAUCACCUUCCCUGUGGCCUUUGUGGUGGGGGCAGUGGGCUACCACCUGGAAUGGUUCAUCCGUGGUGACUCCCCGCAGCCAGCUGAGGAGGAGAAGAGCAUCUCGGAGCGGCGGGAGGACAGGAAGCUGCAGGAGAUUGCAGGCAAGGACCUGACCGAAGUGGUGAGCCUCAAGGAGAAGCUGGAGUUCACCCCCAGGGCUGUGCUGAACAGGAACCGUCCAGAGAAGAGUUAACCAGGCUGCCCGGUUCCCCCUUUCCUUUGGGUUGGAGCUGAGCACCCAGUCCAUCUGGCUGCCGGUCAGGACCCUGGGUCCCUUAGCUGGGCUCCUGGAGUCUGUCCCAUCUCAUCCAUGUGUUUUCAAGCCCAAUCCACCAAUAUCUGGCUUGUGCUGGGCGUCCACCCCCGUCGCUCACAAUGACUAUCUUGCGAGGUGGCUGCUUGUUGGAGUUUCCCACCCCUGGAUGGGGAGGAGGAGGCUGCACGGCCAAGAAGCAGAGCUAGGCAGCCUUGGCCAUUGCUGCCUGAGUCCCUGGCGCACCCAGUCACACAGCUAGGGAGAGGGAUGACGCUCCAGAGGCCGCGCAGUUCCUGGAGGAGACGGCUCCACUCCCAGGGUGAACAGGCCCUCGACACUCGGCCCGCCCUGUCCUGGAUCCCUCUGGAUCUCCCUGGAUUCUGCAGGCUUCCUUUGCAUGGAAACAGCCAAGACUUGCGACCAGGUGGUGGAGCAUGGCUGCCUCUGCCCAGAGGCCGGGGUGUUUGUGUCCUGGGAGCUGAAUGGCAUGGGGUCAGAGUGGGGCAAGGAGGCUUGCACACUGCUCGCCUCCCUGUUCCUGGCUGGGAUUCCCCCUCGCUUCUCAGGACCCCCAGAUUCACCCUCGCUAGCAGGCACAGCCCCUCCCCAGCCAGAGGGCUCCAGCCCUCUUCGCUGUGGUGGGUGCCCCUGGCGUCGGAUUGGCAGCUGGCGCGGAGUGUGAGGGAAGCUGUAAUUGCCUGGCAGGCCAGAGACUCGUGGGGGGAGCUGGAAGCCAUUUCACCCUCCUGCCCCGGGAGCCCUGGCAGGGAGCUCUGGGCGCAUUGCUGUGGGGCCGAGGUUUGGGAAAUGAAAUGACCUUGCAGUUGUGUAGAAAGAAGCCAGAUUAAACCAGCCUGAGAACUCA